AUGUGUGGUAUCAUUGCUCUGAUUCAGGCGAACCCAUCGUCGUCCGCUGCCAUCGACCUUCAUGAGGCACUUUACCUGCUUCAACACAGAGGUCAGGAUGCAGCGGGAAUUGCCACUUGCGCAACCGGUGGUCGCAUCUAUCAGUUGAAGUCGAACGGCAUGGCGGCCAAAGUUUUCAACGAUGGCGCCAGGGUAGCAGACCUCCCGGGUUCCAUGGGAAUUGGUCAUCUGAGAUACCCUACUGCCGGGAGCAGUGCCAACGCCGAGGCUCAGCCAUUCUAUGUGAACAGUCCAUAUGGUAUCUGCCUGGCUCACAACGGCAACCUGAUCAAUGCUCCUGAGCUGAAGAGAUAUCUCGAUCUCGAAGCCCACCGUCACAUCAACACUGACAGCGACAGUGAGCUGAUGUUGAACAUCUGGGCUGACGAGCUGAGCGAGACGAAGAAGGCCCGUGUCAACACCGAAGACCUCUUCGCCAGUCUCAGCCGCAUGUAUGAAAGAUGUCAGGGUGGCUGGGCUUGCACGGCUAUGCUUGCGGGCUUCGGUCUCCUCGGUUUCCGUGACUCAUACGGUAUCCGUCCUCUCGUCCUCGGCUCAAGGCCUUCGCUGGACGGUGAGGGGACCGACUACAUGAUGGCGUCUGAGUCGGUUGCCCUGCACCAGCUUGGGUUCGGCAACUUCCGUGACAUCCAGCCGGGUGAGGCUGUCAUCAUCGAGAAGGGAUGUGAGCCUGUUUUCCGCCAGGUUGCCCCUAGGAUGGCCUACGCCCCUGACAUCUUCGAAUACGUCUACUUCGCACGUCCUGACUCCGUCAUUGAUGGUAUCAGCGUGUACCGUAGCCGUCAGCGCAUGGGUGAUCGCCUCGCUGCCCGUGUUCUCGAUGUCCUUGGACCGGAAGUGGUCAAGGAUAUCGACGUCGUCAUUCCCAUCCCAGAAACCUCGACUACGUCGGCGGCAGCGGUCGCGCGCUAUCUGGACAAGCCUUAUUGCCAGGGCUUCGUCAAGAACCGCUACGUGUUCCGCACUUUCAUCAUGCCCGAGCAGAAGACCCGCCAGAAGGGUGUCCGCCGGAAGUUGAAUGCUAUGCAAGCCGAGUUCAAGGACCGAAAUGUCCUCUUGGUUGAUGAUAGUAUUGUGCGAGGAACCACCAGUCGGGAGAUCGUCACGAUGGCCCGGGAAGCCGGUGCGAAGAAGGUCUACUUUGCCAGUUGCUCGCCGGAGAUCACACAUGCCCACAUCUACGGUAUCGAUCUGGCGUCUCCCACCGAGCUUGUGGCGCACCAGCGCAGCGUCGAGGAUAUUGCCAAGCACAUUGGUGCUGACAAUGUGAUCUACCAGACGCUGGAUGACCUGAAGGGCGCCUGUGCUGAGAUUGCUCAGGAGAAUGGGUUGUCUGAGCCGCGCGAUUUCGAGAUCGGUGUGUUCUGUGGUAACUACGUUACCCCGGUCGCGGAAGGCUACUUCGACCAUCUCGAGAAGCUCCGUGGCGAAGGUCGCAAAAUCAAGGCCUUGGACCGUGCCAAGGAGGCCGUCACCCAUGGCUUCGCCAGCGAGAAUGACUUCCGGAUGGCUGCCAACGGUGUCAAGCUGGACGACAAGGGCAACAUCAUCCCGGCGCUGGACCCCAGUGAGUCGGAAGUGCCCCAGGUCAGCGUCUGCACCACUCGCAAGCAUGCGGAAGAAGAGCCUCCUAAGGUGAAGGAUCGUAUGGACAUCAGCAUCCAUAACAUCGCUGAUCACGCAUGA